GAAAGGACGAGCGCUCUGAAGACUAUUGUUAUGCGGAAAACUCCGUACGACAAAAAUGCUCCAAGAAGACCUCUUUCAGCAUUUAUGUUGUUCAUGAAAAAGCGUAGAGAGGAAUCUGAAUAUAUUGCCUCAAAACCAUUUUCGGAGAGAAAUCGUAUUAUUUCUACUGAAUGGGCUGCUUUAUCUGCUGAAGAGAAACAAAUAUAUACUGACCAAGCUGCUGAAGCUCGUGAGUCGUAUAAAAAAUUGUUUGCUGAAUACAAAACUACUGAUAACUACAAAAAGUGGUUAGCUUCCAAUGAAAUGAUCAAUACCAAUGGAUCUAAAGCUGGUUGUAAACGACCAGUAAAACAAAUGUCACAUAAUAAAAAUAAUAAUAAUAAUAUAGAAGAAGACUGUAAAAUUUCAAUAUUUACUCAUGAAUUUUUGGAAUACAAUAGACUACGUGAAGUUAUCUUGCGUCAAUUGAAAAAGCAGGUAUCACAACUUGAAGAAGAAACCGCUCUACUGAGUAAACAUGUGGAAAAUCUUGUCAAUGCUGAGAAUCGGACAAAAUUGCAAAUUAACACAACAAAAGAAUUGUUAACUAAUGAAGAAAAUCUAUUAAAACAGCUGUGUAAAGAGUUGACAGUUGCUUUAAGCGAUGUUACUUUGCCCAAUAAUACAUCGGAUAUAAGUUUAAAAGGUGUUGAACGUAUCACUGAAACUAGUGUAGAAUCUUUUCUUUCCAGAUUAGAGAAUUUAAAAACUUCUUCAUCUUAUACAGAAUUAUCUACAAAAAUUAUACAAUUAAUUCAUUUAGCUUGUCAAAAGAAAACUAUCAAAUUAUUAACUUGUGAAGUAAAUUAAUAACAAUGAUUUAAGCUUAGAAAAGAUAAUAAUAUAAUGUAAUAGAUAUUUUUUUCCUUAUUUGUAUGAUUCUUCAAAUAUAUAUCUGCAUGCAUGUACAAAAAAAAUUAAACUAUGUAACAAUGUUUCGUCUCUAUUGUCAACAUACAAAUUACUACUGGUGUGUGUGUGUAUCAUUUUCAAUUUUCCAUCUAAUUAAUUUAUCAUUCACCCCAUGGACGUUUUACUCGUUUAUUCUUCCAUUCAGUUUUACCGGUAGUUUCGGAAAUUUUUUUAUAAAAUUCUAAAACAUACGCUUCAUCUAAAUUAUGUGAAUGUGAUUGUAAUCGUUUUUUUUCAAGAGUAUAAUACCAUGUAUAUGCAACAGCAUAAGCUGAAACUACCAUUGUUCCAAUGAAUGGUACUGUACGUACCCAUACAGGAUAAUUAGCCAUGUGUUUAGAUCAUUUGAAGAGAAAUGAAAAAUGUCU